GAAGAGCUGCGCCCUCUCCCUCUACCUCUCUGUUUCCUCCGUGCACAGCAGACUCUCUCCUCUCUCUCCCCCUCUCUCUCUCGCAGUGUGGAUCUACAGGCGGCAGGUGUGUGCCACGACAGCCCACCGAAGGUUUUCAUACUCUGAACACGUUUGGAACCGAUUUUGGAUACUAAACUGAGCCGUUUCCUCAUGCUGCAAGUUGGCUGCCUAAAGAAGGCUACACCCUGGCACUGAGGAUGUUGCAGUGGUAGACAGCGGAGCAUCUUCUCCACUGUAACGCACUCAGCCGGCACCGUCAGCUGUUGCUUUGGCAGAGUGGGAGAGCCUGGAGCAAACCAAAAAGGCCAAACUAUGCGACUGACUUUCUACCGGUAACCGUUUCCUGCCCAAGUCAACCGGGGAGCGGAUGCGAGCAGAGGUUGUUCCCGAGCCUCUGACUGUUUUCUGCCGUGUGUCGGUGCCGGAGGAGCUGUGCCAAUGGAGAAAGCGACUCCGACGCCCCAGCCCCAGCUCCAGCUGUCGAUAGCGAAGACUGAAAGUCCGGCGGAGGAUAUCUCUGGUCUGACUGACGAGGAGCUGCUGAAGUGGACCAAGGAGGAUCUGGUUCGGCGGCUGAGGCGGUCUGAGGCCGACAAGAUGAGCGUGAUUCUGGACCACGGGAAUCUUAUCCGGGAGGUCAAUCGCAGCCUCCAGCUGCACUUGAACGAGAUCAGGGGGCUGAAGGACAUUAACCAGAAGCUGCAGGAGGACAACCGUGAGCUGAGGGACUUAUGCUGCUUCCUGGACGAUGACCGCCAGAAAGGCAAACGUGUGUCCAGGGAGUGGCAGCGUUUGGGGCGCUACAGUGCCAGCAUCAUGCGCAAAGAGGUGACCCUCUACCUGCAGAAACUGAAGGAGCUGGAGGUCCGUCAAGAGGAGGUAAUCAAGGAAAACAUGGAACUGAAGGAGCUUUGCUUGCUGCUGGAUGAGGAGAAGGGAGUGGUAGGUGUAGGAGUGGGAGGAGGAGGUAGUGGAGUAGGGGUAGGAAUGGGAGGUUGCCGCAACUCCAUAGACAGUCAGAAUAGUUUGCUGUUGGUGCCCGGGCAUGGGCUCUUGAUGAGAGACGUAGGAGAUGGGAGCAGCACCUCCAGUGCAGGGAGUGCCGACAGCUCUGAUCACCCUCAUCAUAAACAGCCUCACCUGGCUCCAGGGGUGGGUGGAGUCAGCAGCAGUGGUGGGGAAAAAGGGAGCCCUGAGCUUGUGCACAAACCCAGGUGUAGCAGCAUCAGUGGAUUAGCAGGUGGAGGAGACAGAGAGGUGUCCAGUCCCGAGCUUCCUCCUGGGCGCCACCGGAGUACAAGUCUGGAGUACCCGUACACGCUCCCCCAGAUCUGCCGGCCCCGCUGUGGCUCCAUAUCUGUGCCCGACCACAGUCGAUACAUGCGGGGCCUCAGUCCGGAGAAGUAUGGCAGGAACGUGGGCGGGCGUAGUCCAGAACAGCACCCCAAGCACCACAGCUCUGAUCUCCUCCUGGGCCAGAGGCAGCACUUCCUGGGUCAGGGGGGCAGCGGGGAGUUCUAUCAGAGGCACAACAGGAGCAGCAUUAGCAGUACUGGCUGUGGGAGCCCAGAGCCCAGGCUGGCACAUUUAGGGACCAUUGAGCACCACGAAAAGGUCAAGGGAGGCAGCCCUGAAACUCAUAGGCACCAGUACAGUAUGAGCCCUGACCACGUGAAGUUUGGCAGCCCUGUGAGGGAGGGGCAGAGGAGGGCGGCCGGAGACGAGCUGUCGCCACAUCAUCGGAGCAUCUACAACGGCAUGAAUGCUUUGAUAUCAGCCGGCUGCUGCACCAACAACUGUAGAAAUGUCAAGCUAUGGGACAGCUUUGAUGCCUCCUCUUGACCCCGACUUGAGCAGCUAAUCUCCUCAACAAGAGGGGGGGUCGCAGUGGAACAGCCAUGCUGUGUCUCUGGCCUUGAGCGUCACGAGGGUCCCUGGACUCUACCCUCCAUGGCUCCAGAUUGGUCCGUCGUCCGUGGAUCAUCUGUGGGUCCAAAGCCCUGAAACAGCCUGCCUCCAUGUUUUCAUUUCAACAUAUCGAGAGUUUGAGAGUACGGAGGGUGGGGGGUGAGCGUGGUAUGCUUUAAGUAGGGUUGGUUAACUCCUGCAGACUGCUGCGGUCGGAAGGACCAGAGUGGAUAUCUCUUCCUGCCAAAUAUGACAUGGCUACCUACCAGAGAGCAAUCAGAGACAGGGAGGUACGCCGGGAGAGGAGGAUGGGAGAGGACUGUGCAGUGUAUAUGCUGUAGCCCUCUGUUUACAAAUGAAGACCGUCGGUGGAGAAGCACAGAAAUUGAACUUUCUACACCCUGCUGUUCUAAACUUGUAUCAUUUCCUAUCCUCUUCCUCUUUUCCAUUCCUCUUUUUCCACUCUUCUCCUGCUCUCAUCAUCCAGAGAUAUCCAUCAUCAAGUGUGUAAUGAGACUGCUGUAAUCUAAUGUUCUGUCUCUUAAUCCCAAAUCCAGUCGAUCACAUGAUUGCUGUUGUCUUAAACCUUUUCAGCCAUUUCAAGUGAACUAACAAAACAAAAAUCCAUAUUUGUCAAAUAUGUUCUAGCAAAGUGAAAAAAAAACCUCUUCCUGUGUCUUAAACCGAGAUGGUCGACAUAACUAGCUGCUGACAGAUGUUCUAGUUCUAUAAGAUGCAAUGUUCAGGUGUAAUUUCUCUGUUUUCUGAUCUUCUUUGCUCCCUUAAAGCGCCUAUACUGAAGCUGGGGAUAAGACUAUACGUUUCUCCAUGUUCUUUUUUACAGUCCAAGUAAAAAAGUAGAUUAUUGGAUUAGUUUUCUAUAUAUCUCUAUAUAUAAAUAUUAUAUGAUUAUUAUUUUUGACUUACUGGUAUUAGAUCUAUUAUAUGAAGAUGCAUAUGAUAUAUAUAUCAAAUAAUAAACAGACUUCUUUAUGU